GUUCAUGCCGCUUGAUAUGAACUUGGCUUAGAACGGCCAGCGGACUAAUGCGGUCUUGCGGAGUCAUCUACAACAUCUCCGCAUAUGGGUAUCCCCGCUGCAGCACAGACAAACCCAUGCUCAACUCCUUUGAGAACCAUGAAUUAGGGCAUGACGAGCACUGGGUCAGAGAAGAUUCGACGAUAAUCGUCUUCUGCAUUCAUCCGUGCACCUUGCUCGAUGCGCGGCCUGGUAUGUUCGCCAGGUCGCCCAUAACGGCUAAUGGCGUAUGAACCCUCGAAGCUCAGGAGAGUAAUCUUACCUCGUACCAAGGCCCCAAGCAUGAUUAGAGGGCAUGCAAGCGAAAUGCCAGCAUUUGGCAGCCCCACGUUGCGAUAUAUAGAGAUUCCUCCUGAGAGAAGGUCUUUUCUCCUCACCGACAACCGCUGUUGCGGACCACCUUCAUUCACACUCGUUUAGUUUGCUCUACAUUCGUUUUGGAGCCAACACCAUGGUGUCCAAAACUGUCACUCGUUCUUUGUUAUGCUUGGCCACUGUGGCCUCUGCACUGCCCAAGGGUGGUGAGGAUGGCAACAAGCAGCCAGAAUGGUUUCAGCGCAAUCUGAAGGCCAUUCAGUCGGUUUACGACUCGACUGUCUCUCCAGCAAACUCCGCAUCGGCCAAGCAAGGCAGGAAGGCAGUCCGUGGCCUCUUCGCGCCCGACGCGAUUGGACGUGUCAAUCCUGACGGCAAGUUCGCAGACUUCGAAGAUUCGAUCGAGGACUUCUUUGCACUGGCUCCUGCUCCAAAGAUCAACGCUGCCAGCACAGAGGGAACAUACGAGGCCGAGAUCGUCGACUUUGUCUCAGACUGCCCUGAUGUUGCUUCCUCGUUGGUCUACUUCCGUCCCGCAGCCGAGGAGAAGAAGGUUGCGUCCGAUGCUCACCGCACUCUCCGUCGUCGUACUUCCAACGACGAUAUCGUGCUCUCCCAAGUCGCCUUCUGGCGUUUCAACGGCGCUGGCGAGAUCGAAAAGUUCCAGGCUUGGCUUCCAGAUCUUCAGGCGUGGGCAGAUGAAGAGGCCGCGCCUGAGCACGGUUUCACCUGCUCCACUUCUGCUGUCCGUCACUCCAAGCGAGGUGAUCAUCCGUCGUCUUACGAGGAGAAGCCGACUCAGCAGUCACCACCAACGCCACCUAAGCCAGACACGCCAAAGCCAGACACGCCAAAGCCAGACUCGCCAAAGCCAGACUCGCCAAAGCCAGACUCGCCAAAGCCAGACUCGCCAAAGCAAGACACCCCACCGACGCACGAUACUCCAAAGCAGAAGUCCUAUGGUGAAGAGGACCAUCCUGACAAGCCUCACGAAGACUCCCCAACGCCACCCAAGCCUGAUACUCCGAAGAAGCCUGACACUCCUGCACAGCCAUACGGCGGCAACAAGCAGCCUGAGAAGCCAACUGAGAAGCCUCCAACGUCGCCUAAACAGGAUACGCCACCUUCUCCGCCGCACAGUCAGCCCCCAACGUCCCCUCAGGCACCAUCUGGGUACGGCGCGAGCGCCGCUCUUCCAGCUGCUCAGCAAAAUGCAGGCUCAAGCCCAUCUAAGCCCCCGACUGGACCAUCACAAGGACAAGGCCAGGGCCAAGGAACGGUUCCACCUCCAAACAUGAACGCUCAACAGGGUGCGUCCGGUCCUGGAUCUCAGCAUGGCCCGCCCACUCCGCUGAACGGCGCUCCAAGCACUCAGUCUCAGCAAAACGCUCAGAAUAGCAUGCCUGGCGCUUCCAAGUCCAACUCUGAGAAUGACAUGGACUCAAUGAUGCCUCCACAGAACGGCAUGAGUGGUCCAUCCGGCGCUUCAAGCGGCAUGGCUCCAGGCAGCGGCAGUUUGAGCAACGCCCUCGGUCAACAGAGUGCUCAGCAACCUGGCAUGGGUCCAGGAGGGAUGGGUCCAAACAGCAUGAGCGGUUCUCUCGCUCAACAGAAUGCUCAGCCCAACUCUGCUUUCCCUCCACAGAAUGCGCAGCAACCCGGCAUGGGUGGUGCACCGAGUCUACAAGGCGCGACGGGCCCAAGCGGCUUUGGAGGCCAAUCUGGCGGCUCUAACAGCUACGCUAUGAACUCGCCAUCUUGGCCACAACAGGCCGACGGCGCCGGAUAUGGAUCGCCUCAGUUUGAUCCUAACCAAAUGGCUGCUCAACAGUUCGGUGCAUCGCAGAUGCAGCAAGGACAGAUGCCAGGUCAAGCUCCUCAGGGAUUUGGUGCUUCUGGCUCUGCUCCUAAUUUCCAACGCCGUGCAGAGGCUGGCGCUUGGGGCACGAAGUCUACAGCUCAGCAGAUCCCAGGUUCUGGCUCGCCAAUGGGUGCUUCGCCGAUGGGUGCAUCUCCAAUGGAUGCUUCGCAACUUGAUGCUUCGAAUAUGGACGAUUCGGAAAUGGACAACACACCUCAGUCGUUGAAUGCGCCUCCAUCGGCAAAUAUGCCUCCGAAUGCAAACGCAGCUCAAGCUAUGAAUGGCCAGCCUCCAAUCGUUCCUGGCAUCUCUGACAUUCCGGGUGCCGGUCAAGCCAAUGGCGGACCAGGAACGCAAAAGAAUCCUGCUGCUCAAGCUGCUGCAAACGCCAUGAAUCCUGGCGCUCUCGGUCCAGCUCAAGGAGGUCCAUUGGCUCCCGCUCCGGGCGGCUCUGCUGGUGCUGGAUCUGCUCAGUCAUACGGUGCAAAGAACUUACCACCCCCUCAGCCUCAGCCUCAGUCCUACGAGUCUAAGAACUUACCACCCCCUCAGCCUCAGCCUCAGUCCUACGAGUCUAAGAACCUCCCGCCCGCUCAGCCUCAGCAACCGCCUCAGCAACCUAAGCAGCCUCAACCACCUCAGCCUCAGCAGCCUCCAUCAUCGUAUCCGGCCAAGAACCUUCCGCCGCCGCAACCGCAACCCCAGCCUCCGCAACCACAAUCGUACGAGUCCAAGAACCUUCCUCCGGCCCAGCCGUCUCAGCCAAAAGGCUAUGGCAAUUCAGGAUCUGGCUCCCCAAUGCCAUCGAACGGACAGCAGCAGCAGCAAGGCCCUCCUUCAACAAACUCCGGAAGCGCUCCAAAUGGCGCAUCUGGACCGAGUAACUCUCAACACGGGCCUGGAAGCGGCCCGAACACCCCACCCGGAUUGAACAAUAACGUCCCGCAAAGCAGCGGUCCUGGCGCUACCAACAGUGGCGCUCAGAAUGGCGGUCCUGGAGCAAGCAAGGGUGGCCUUCCAAACAGCCCAACGGGCUCGAAGGGCGGUCAGCUCCCGAACGCAGCAGGAGCUAACAAUGGCAUUCCUCAGAACGGCCCUGGCGCGAACAACGAAGUCGUUCCCCAGAGUGGUAGUGGUAUGCCUGGGUCCGGCAAAGGUCAGGGAGGCUCUGGAGGUUAUGGUACUCAAAGCCAGAGUGUUUCGGGCAACGCACCCGGUGCUCCUGGUGCUCCGAACGGCAUUCCCCCGCAGAACCGUCCCAAUGGCCAAGGCACUCCUCCCAAUGGCAUGCCUCCUCAAAUUCCAAACGGCAUGGGAGCGCCGACCAACGGCCAAGGCCUUGAUGGUAGCUUCGGUGGUCGAAGCUCCUCUGGCAGCCUCAGUGCUCCUCCAAACGCAAUGCCUCAAUCUCAAAAUGGCAUGGGCCAAGCUCCACCAUUCGGUCAAGCCCCCGGACAAGGACAGAUGCAGGGCCCAGCAGGAAGUCAAGGACCUCCAGGCGCAGGACCACAAGGACUCGGCUCUCAAGGCGGAGCAGGUCAGCCAGGAUCGUACGGUGCCACAAACCUUCCUCCAGCGCAACCAUCUCAGCCUAAGCCAUACAUGCCAGCUCCACAGGGCGGAUAUGGUGGUGCGAACUUGCCACCAGCUCAAGGAGGCCAGGGCAUCCCACCUCAGCAAGGCGCUGGCCAGGGCAUCCCACCUCAGCAAGGCGCUGGCCAAGGCAUCCCACCUCAGCAGGGCGCUGGCCAAGGCUUCCCAGGACAACAGCCGGGAGGUGCUCCAAACUUCCCCGGACAGCAACAGCCAGGCGGUGGUAUGCCAAACUUCCCACCUCAACAGGGUGCUGGUCAGGGCUUCCCACCUCAGCAGGGCGGCUUCCCACCAUCACCAGUGCCUCCACAGAGUUACGGCGGACUGCCAAACAACGCUCCCGCAGCUUACCCUCCGCCUCCCGCUCAAAGGCCACCUCCGAGCUACGGUCAACCAAGCUAUCCUCAGCCUCCACCGCCGAGCUAUCCACCGCCAGCGCCACGACCGGCUUCCUACGCUCCUCCACCAGCUGCGUACCCUCCUCCUCCUCCUCCCGUUGCGUAUCCGCCACCACCUGCAUACGGCCUUCCUCCGGUCCCCCUCGGAGCAGGUUUCCCAUUCAACAAGCCUCUCGACACGAACUCGAUCACCGCACCUGGUUUCCCGUUCAACAACCAGGCCCCCGCUCCUGGCGCCGGUGGCGCUGGUCUCCUGGGAGUCCUUCGUAUCUAGACCACUCAGAGACACCGAGCCUACCCAGCAGCAGCUUCAGAGACACAGUAGCACCGGACCUAAUAAUUGGAUCCUCGUCGACAGCUGACAAGACAAGGUCACGAAGAGACUUCGCUCUGGUUGCUCUGCUGUAUCUCGCGCUGCUAUGCUGGGAUAGUUCGAGGCUUUCGGGCUCGUUCAUCUCUGUUUUUCAUUUCGUACACAACACACAAAGCAAAGCGACAAUUUACAUUGUUGUAUUUAGGGUGAUUAAUGUAAUCGCGUUGAUGAAGGAUGAG